UAACAUAAAACAUUAACAUCCAUUGCAAAAUUAAUUAAAAUGUGUCUUUUUUUCAGUCUGAAUAUGGCAACUCCUAGUCAGGCGUCAUCACCAGAUUCGCCGGUACGAUCAUCACAGGCAUCAACCCAAGAACCCUCAUCACCAAUCCCGAGCCUUGAUAGUGCCGUUACUGCUUGGAAGACAAACGUCCAGUGAAAAUUGGGAAAGCGACACGGAAGACGUCACGACACGCACCCACGUCUCCUGUAAAGAAGACAAGCAAGUUUCUGCAAAACAUCAGCUGAGACACUCAGACCUGCAACUGCAACAACAUCGAGAGCUGCAAGUGCAUCGCCAAUAGGAGGGACAACACCAGCAGUGCCCUCUCACAACAAUGAUGGUCAUCCGAUUGAAGUCUGAAUAUGGCAACUCCUAGUCAGGCGUCAUCACCAGAUUCGCCGGUACGAUCAUCACAGGCAUCAACCCAAGAACCCUCAUCACCAAUCCCGAGCCUUGAUAGUGCCGUUACUGCUGUGAGUGAAACAUCACUAUCCGAUUCUGAGGACUCGUCAGUGAUUUCUCAACUUCGAUUCGAUUGGCCCUUAUCAAGUUCUCCGAGCUCAGAGUCAGAAGUUUUUGGCGCACCAAGCAGUCCUAGUCCCAAGCAAUAUGACAGUGACACUUCUAGUUCGGGGGCAUCCUUCAUUUUUGGACCACCAAGGAAAACUGAAUUGUGUCUUGUAUGCCAUAGAGACAUGGAUCUUCAAAAUAGAGAAUGUUUUGAAUGGGAUGGUCCAUAUUCAAUAGAUGCCGGCACAGAAGCUGACAUGGUGGAUGAUACUCCGGAUGUGUUUGACAUUUCCUUUGCGGAUUCGUAUGUUUUUGGGGCACCAUCGGAUCUGCCUGAUGUGCCACACUCACCUGAUAGAGUGUCCACAGAUCACAGUCAGCUGACUCGACAGAAUGCCAGCAGCCAUGUGUGUGUGGAGGAGGAAAGCUCACUGAAGCAGACGUACCAGGAGCCAGACUGGGAAACUUCGAAAAGGCCAAGAAGACGGAAUUUCAGUUCUGGCUCAAGUGCCGAGGAUUGAAGUACAAGACAGCCGCAACAAGGGCUGUCUUGAUAAACAAUUAAGUUCAUAGUUCAUAGUUCAUAGUUGCAGCAUGCAGUGAAAUCUCAGUAUGGGUUGUUUUCGGGACAAAGAUUAAGUGGUCUAAUUGCUGGAUUUAAAAGUCACUCUUCAGGACCAUGAGUCAAGUUGUCGUGUUGGCGGGUGUGGUAGGCUACAGUGCAAGACAAAACAAAAUAUAGCAUGUUUACAUUUUUGGAGGUGUAUUUUGAUUAAUUUUAUUAAUGUUUUCUAGCAUGUCCAAAGAAUCCUAUCAGCUGGAAAAAAAUUUCAAAUUCUUCACUCAACACAGGUGUUCACGAAAUUUUGAAAUCUCAUCUCGAAAAGUGCAAAAAAGGUGGGCGUGGCACUUUUGAGAUUUUCAAAAAAACACCCUAAAUCUGGGAGAAGAUGAUCAACCAAACCGAUUGUAUUUUGAGCACGCCAGUGUGUUGAGCCUUUUAAAAAAUAGACAAUCAUGCUGUCUUUCAGUUCACUGUAUCUUUUAUACUAAGUUUGUGAUAUUUUCUUCCAGGGUUCGUUUGGCAAGCCAGCAAAAUCACCAGAUAGUGGACCCAGACCCAGGAAAGUGUUACAUGCGCCAGAAACAAGCAAACUGUCCGAGGUGUAGAUCAACAGUAGUACCGGUAGCCAGUACCAGCACAUCUGAUGACACGACUGCGCCAAGCGAUGGAUGGUCUAAACAGACAAUGUGUGUACUCCAAACUUUUGGCCACAACUGCAUAAUGCAACAUGUCAAGAAGUCGAGAAAGAACUCAAUAUAUGUUGAGAAGCCCCUAGAAAAGUGCUACCGCUUUUUCUUUGAGAACUAUGUUCACAACAUUCAGGCUGUUAAAAGGGACACAACUACCCACCUGAAGGCAA